ACAAGCUACACUCGAUCGAGUUAAGAAGCAGCGAGAUGAAAUAUGUCCUUCGGACUGCUAGUGUUGAAUUUAAGCUUCAUAUGGAAUGAUAGUGUUACACGAUGAUCCGGUACGUCUUAAGUGUUCUGUGGGACUUUCUUCUUAUCAUCUUCGGGCUAAAGAACCGGACUCUGCAGACACACGAUAUUCAGGCACCUCCUGUAGUAAGAGACAACUACAAGACACAGGCAUCAGCUGAACCGGAGGCAUAUCCUUACUAUUACACACAAAACAGCAGAGACAAGAUGGCAGAACUCGUCCCAACAGGUGGCAGCACUGUCGUGGCUCAGGAGCAAUCUUCCAGUGUAGAAUCUUCCUCCUCCGAGGUAACGAAGGAGAUUGGGAACAGGAAGAUCCAUGAGAAAUCGAGCGAAUUUCAGUCGGAGGAGGUCUCGAAGAAAGUCGAAGAGAGCAACCGAUCUGUGAGCAGCUCUUCCACUCGCAUCGUCUCCUCGUCCACGAGUAGUGUGUCGUCAUCCGUGACGGCACAGCGCGUAUCCUCCUCGUCCAUCGGUAUCGAGGGGUCGACGCAGGACAAUCCCAUCGAAGCGGGUGGAAACAAGGAGCCAGAAGCUGCUCCUCAGGUGCUACCAUCUGACGACACGGGGCCUCAACAGCAGGUUUACGAGGCGGAAAUUUCCCAGGAGUUCUUCGUGAGGGAGGAAGACGGAAAAGUGGUUGAAGAGCACUCCGCGUCUUCGCAACAAGAAACUGCAAGCUGCAAUUUGGAUGCCAGAGAAGCUCCACAGCCCGUACCAGAAAGAGGUAUCGCGGGGGCCGUGGAACGAGAGGAAGUGCCAACGCUGAACGGCUCCAGCGCCACUGAGAUUCAACAAGAAAGCAUCAAGAACACGCUGAAAGAGAUCAUCUCAGAGAUCGAAGAGGCCGUGGUCUCAGAGGUCAACUCCGACAACACUGUUGCCACAAAUAAAAUCACGCAAGAGACGGAGGGCAAGGGAACUGAACAAGUCGGCGCCAAAACUUACGACAAGCAAACUUCUACUUCGACCCUGGAGGAGGACAUCAAUACCAACCAGCAGUUCUAUGACCUCCCCUCAUAUCUCUUCGAGCCGGGAAAGAGACCUCUAUCGCUGCCACCGCAGAACAUGCUCCAUCUGUGGCAAAGUAUCAAGAUCGCUCAAGAGCUCAAUCAAGUUCUCGGAAACCUGAACGCUGCCGCCCCCACUCAACAAAACGGGGAAUCACAUGCAAUCAAUGGCGACUCGACUCAGGCACAGCAGGUAUGUGAACACUUAAGUGCGGGGUUUCCCGUUAAAUUUUCCUUUACAGAAGAAGCAUGCAUUGGGAAAUAACAUAAGUUUCCUUCG